UUUAAAUGAAGUUUGAAAGAUUGGAGAAAGAGUUUAGCAGGUAGGAAAGGCCGGCAGGUAGAGGGCACAGCAUAUGCAAAAGUAGGAGAGAUGGAAGGCAGCUCCUCACCACAUAGAGAAGAGCUCAGUCUCUUGCUCCUAAAGAGGGAGAUAUGUGUAUAAACGGGACUUCCCCACUCCUGCCAUUUUCCUGAUGACUAAUCCUAAGAACCACCUGUGCCCUUCCCAUGGGCUGAUGUGCCUUGCCUUGCCACCGUCCCUCUGGCUCCCAGACAGGCAUGACUUUCCCACUUUUCAGAUGAAGAAACUGAAGCUCUCAGAGGUCAAGUGACUAGCUCAAGGCCACAGGCUGGAGACUCCAGGGGUGGGACCUGAUGGGGGUGGGGCUCAAGAAUGGAACCGGAGUCUUCUAUUUACCUAGGAGAUCUGGUUGCUCAACACUUGGAAGCUUCUACCCACAGAAGUCCCAGCCCCUCACCAGUCCCUCUUGUCCCACAGAGGACAGGUCUCCCCCCGCUGUGGCCCCACACUCCCAACAGCCUUGUAUUGCCUGGGUUCCCUGUGGUCCCACCAGGAGAAGAGGAGUAUGGCCUACGAAAAAUCAGCUGAUAUCUUUGCUAUCUCCAGGUCGAUGUUCAAGUACCCAUGGCUGGAAUACCCAGAAAGGACCAAAGAACUCAGAAAAGUCAUGGCUCCUGUUCACCUGCCCUUGUCCUGCUACCAGGCAACUCAAAGAGGGCACGCCCAUCCAAAAAUUCCAUCUCCCUAUGAGCAAGCUGACUGUAAAAUCUCAGGCAGGAUCCAAGCCCUCGGACCCUACUGGGAACUCCCUGAAGUGGCAAAGAUUAAAGGAACUCACAAAAAGCCUGGAAUCUCCCAGAGAGCAGGAGCAGUUCUAUGCAGCACAGGCUCUGGGACGCCUGGGCGUCAGUGACAAGCUUGUCAUGGAGGCACUAUGGCAGGUGGCCCAUACUGGUCCAGAGAAAGUGAAGUAUGAGGCCUGUCGAAGCCUGGCCAUGCUGGGUUGCCUGCAGCAGCACGUGAUCCAGGUUCUCAUCACACAGCUGAAGGGAAAAAAUGAGGGGCGAAUGAUGGAUUCUCUGACAGGGCUACGAGCGGCUCUGAACUCCUGGGCUGCUGUCCCCAAAGACAAGAGAACUCAAGUCGGGGAUGAAGAGAAGUUGGUACCUGUGUUGCAGAUGCUGAUAAGUCAGUCAUCGAACGAAGCAGCUGUGGAGGCGGCCCUGUGCUUGGGUUUCCUAAGGCCCUGCAGCAGCACAGCCCAGGAGUUCUUGCUGCACUGCCUGAGCCAAGGGUCUAAAACGCAGCAGAUGAAGGCACUCAGGAUGCUGGUCAAGAUGAUGCACGUACACACGGCCACAGUCACCAGGGCCAUCCUAGACCAGCUGUGCUAUUCUCCUGUCCUCGAGCACCGCUUUGAAGCCACCCAGAUGCUCCAGACCGUUGGGCUGGAAAAGAUCCAGGCGCAAGGGCUGGAGGGAUUCACAUUUAACCUGCUCUGGAGGAAGACGUAUAAUGAACCUUUCCUUGCUAUGAGGCAGGCUGUGGCUGAAAUUGUGGAAGAGCUCAAGAUGAAGCCUACAAUGAUGAAUUUGGUGGAGGCGCAACUGAUGAACUCAAAUGCCACUGCACGCCAGGAGGCAGUCAUCUCUUUGGGCGUCCUGGGGAUCCACAGCCCACAAGUGUACCACUUGCUCCUGGACAUGCUAGACACAGAAAAGAGCCAGGCUGUGAAGAAAAGUCUUCAAGAAACAUUAACUCUCUUGGCCUCAAUUGAUCCCUGGAUCCAAAACAAGCUGAAGAACAAGAUUCUCUGUGAAUAUGAGGCACUUAAGACUAGUGAGGAGGAAGGGCCUACGAGGUUUCGGAAAGAGCCUGAGAACCCAGAAGAGUUAACUAUCCAAGACUUCCGACUUGCACAGCUGAACCCCUUGUUUAUUGCGAAGUCCAGAGCCACACCAGACCAACAGAAAAAGUUGAGUGCCCAGAAAGGCUCUGCCUUCCCACCCUGUUUCUCUAAACCAAAACACAGGGCACCAGCCACAGGGCCCUGGGUACCAAGGAUAAGGAAGCAGCUCCGGAUCCUUGCUAAAACCUCCCAAUAGGUCAGUUCUUCGGACCAAGUCCCCACUCUCUCCCCAAGGAUGCUUCUCAGGCUCCCUUGAGAAAACAAUCUAUACCUAUCUUGCAUGAAUAAAUGAG